CGACUUGGUUGUUAGCCUCGGGGAAUCAAAACUCUAACGGUUUCCCCCUUUUCCAAAUUUUGUACCUCGUUCUACGUGAGACGCUAUGUCUACCAACAGUUGCACUUUCAAGGACCGUUGCGUGUCCAUCCUGUGCUGCAAAUUCUGUAAACAGGUGCUCAGCUCUAGGGGCAUGAAGGCUGUGUUGCUGGCCAACACUGACAUAGACCUUUACUCGACAGACAUCCCUCCUACCGACACCGUGGAUUUCAUUGGAAGAUGCUAUUUCACUGGAAUCUGCAGCUGUAAACUGAAGGACAUCGCGUGUUUAAAAUGUGGGAACAUUGUAGGCUAUCAUGUGAUUGUUCCAUGUAGUUCCUGUCUUCUUUCCUGCAACAAUGGACACUUCUGGAUGUUUCACAGCCAGGCGGUUUAUGGCAUUAACAGACUAGACUCCACUGGUGUAAACUUCCUACUCUGGGGCAACUUGCCAGAGACAGAAGAAUGUACAGAUGAAGAUGUGUUAGAAAUUUCAGCAGAAGAGUAUAUCCGAUGAAUGAAUUAUGAUUAUGUGUAAUGUUUUAUAGUUUUCUAUUUAAAAUAUUUAAUUGGUCAAUUUUAACAUUGCUAAUAAAGAUUUGCAAAUGUUUUUUUUUAAAUGGAGCUUCUACUAUUUUAUUUGUGAUUUCAAAUUAAUUACCUCAAUUUAACUUAAGCCAGUUCUUCUAAAAAAGCUGCUUCUUCCCCCCUGUCCCUCUGCCCAGGAUUAGUAUAUUCUUGACUUCAAAGGAAGUUUCACAAGUCACUCAGCUACCUUCCAAAUGGAGUUUUCUACAACUUGAUGCCAGAUAAUGUGAUUCUAUGUUUGUGAAUAAGAAUUAAUACCCACUCCUAUA